AAUUUAAGUUAAAGAAGUUCUAUGGCUUCUUACAGGAGGUUACUUGUCUUUUAAACCGAAUAUUCCAAAGGCUUUGCUAUUAGAUGGUGCACAUACUCUUGAAUCUCAUUUCUCGUUAGUUAAUUACCAGUUGAAGCAAGUAAGGACUGCACUUGCGAUAGCAUCAUUGGUAAAUAGAACUCUGGUAAUGCCUCCAAUCUGGUGCAGGUUAGAUAGAAUGUGGUUUGGACAUCCUGGAAUAAUGGAAGGAACUUUAACCAGACAACCUUUUCUCUGUCCUAUGGACCACGUAUUUGAGGUGAAUGUUAUGUUGAGAGAUCAACCUUUUGAAGAAUUUGGACCAAACAUUGAUUUCAGGGAAUACUCGUUCCUCCAAAACCCAAGACUUCCUAAACAGGUGAAGGAAUCUUUUCUUGAAGUUAAGCUCUGUAAGCAACAAUCAUCAAAGUGCCAUGAAACUAAUCAAACUGAUCGGCAAGGGUUCAUCAGAUUGCCAAUGCACAGCACCCAAGAAAUGAUAGUAGAGUUUUUUUCAUUGUAUGAGGAUGUCAAAGUGAUAGAAUUUUCGUCCAUGAUGGACGCUUUCCAAGGUUUUCAUAAUGCGGUAUCUGAGAGAAGGUUCAGAAAUCGCGUCCAGGGUUAUGUAGGAAUAUGGUGCUGCGUGAUGAAUAAAGAUCCAGGUCAUAUAUUUUAUGACAUGUUUUGGGAUGAGAAACCUGAUUGGAAACCAGUGCCAGGCUUGAGAAGUUAAUCAUUUACCUUAGUUGUUCAUUAAAUUUUAGCCUCUUCAUAGAGAAAUACCAAUAAUAUCGGAAUUUCGAGUUCAUCAGCUUACACCAGGUACCUUGGUAAUCUCUUACGUCGGAUUUGAAAGAAAGCUUCAUUUUUCUACUGCAGUUUAAGUACUCAAAUGUUGUAAUGUGUUUUUUUUGCUCUUCCAAUUAUUAUUGAUUUGUUUAAUUGUUCAAAUUCUGAGUUCGAGUUUACUAUGUAACUAAAGAUCACCUGACAGUUGCGGGAAAUAUACUUUCACAUGAUAAAAAAUGUGCUGGAUUCAUCUAGAA